CCGGAGCGGCGGAAUCAGUUAUCAAUCGGUAAUCAAGCGAAGCGGCCGCGAAUCCCAAUCGUAGUAGACGUAGACUUCCCCGGGUUGACUUGUUCUCGAGUAGUAGUAGUUGGCUGUGAACGGUGACAAUCCGGGCUUCCCACAGGUGGUCCGCGCAAUAACUCAAUCAUCGAAGAAGGCCGUUCCGUAUAGUGCAACGGAACUACCAGUGCAAGUGUUUUUGGGGCGGACCGGAAGAAGAUUCACGCGUGUGCGCAACUCUAUGAUUAGCCGUUUGAGCAAGGAUUCCUUCGGAGGCUUCCAAGUGAUUCGGCAAAUAAGUGGCAGCGCAUCUCAGGUGGUUAGGUGCUAAUUGGGUGUGCGACGACACUGUCAACCGCAACCGUCAGAAUUUAGAUCAGUUCUGGUGCGGUAGUUUUCGAAGCUGGUCGAGUUAACCGAAGAAGAGAGAACGCGAUGAAGCUUUAUUCGACGGCGGUGGAAGCUGUGAUUGCAGCGGUGUUGAUUUUUGGAGUUCACAAUGCAUCGGUCAGCGGGCACCGAUUCGGCUACAGCAAACCGGAACAACGCCGAUGGUCCAAAUCCCACGAAAGCUGCGCCGGAAAGCACCAAUCACCGAUCGCCGUCACCAGCAGUAGGGCCAUUCCACUGAACAUGCCGGCGAUAGAAAUGGUCGGCUACAACAAUCUACUGCCGGGACCGAUCAAGCUGCACAAUAACGGACAUUCGGUAUCGCUGGCCAUACCGAAAACUGAUCCGUCCAAGGGAAAACAUCCGUACGUCUUCGGCGGCAAGUUGGAGAACGAAUACGAACUGGAAGGACUCCAUUUCCACUGGGGCGACAAGAACAACCGAGGCGCUGAGCAUGUGAUGAACGAUAUCAGAUAUCCUCUUGAAAUGCACAUCAUCCAUCGAAACAAAAAGUACAAAUCUGUGGGAGAAGCUCUCGGCUAUUCGGACGGUCUGACAGUACUUGGAUUCUUCUACCAGGUAACCGAACACGACAGCCACGAGAUCGCCUCCCUGAUGCGAACCUUCCCCAUGAUCGAGGAGUUCGACCAGCAGGUCCACCUGAAUCACACCUUCACGCUGAACUCGCUGCUGGGCAACCUGGACAUGACCCGGUUCUACACGUACAAGGGCUCUCUAACGACUCCACCCUGCUCCGAGGCGGUCACGUGGAUUCUCUUCCCCGAAGUGCUGGACAUUUCGAUUACGCAGAUUCGGCGCUUCCGAAUGCUGGACACCGGUCUGCACGGAUCGCCGAUGGUGGACAACUUCCGGGCCCUGCAGCCGCUGGGCAAUCGGAGAAUCUUCGUCCGGAAGGUCAACGCACGCAACACUGCCCUGGACUCGUUGCGCAGCGAAAUCGAUCACACCAAAUGGGAUUGGGUGUAUUGAAAAAAGGCGAACCAAAAUGUGGCCUUCGUACAGAAACAAGAUGUUUAAAUUAUUCGUAAAAGUUGGAUAAAAAGUGAAGAGAUGGAAAUAAAUGCAUGGUUACAUUACCAAAAACUAUUGUCGAUUUAGGAGCGAUGUGUGUUUUUCUCACACUUACUGUUAGGUAAAACAGAUCAUUUAAACGUACUCAAGUUCAUGUCUAAGUAUUAAAAUUUAGAUAAAAAUGUCUUCUUUUAUUUUAAUAGUAAAAGUACAGGCUUCUAAAAAGCGAAUGAAUACAAUAGGUGUAAC